AUGCCCAGCCUUGGCACUGGUGGAGUCGGCAGUGGCAGUCCAAGUGCCUCUCAGAUCCAAAUCUUAGGAGAAGCAGCUCUGCCAUUACCAUGCCUGGCCUCCGCAAUUCCCAUGCGAUGGAUAGUGCAGAGUAGACGCGUCCUGCUCAGUAAUGAGCUAUGGCCUGCUAUCAGCAAGUUUGCAAGCUCGAAUCUGCGCAAGCAUCGAUAUUUGUCCACCGGGAACCCAGAAGAGCAGACUCCCCCUCAGGAUACUUCAUGGUUGGAGGAAGAAUCACAGCACAAAGAUAAUGUUGCUCAACCACAGGGCGCAACAGCCUCACCCAUAUCUUCUCCAGAGAUGUCCGUUGGUCGAGGUGUGGAAAUCGACAAGAGGGGGCAGAUAAGGGUAGUUUCUCGUGCUCGCGCUGAGAAACCAUGUCGCACAAUUUUGAUUGUCCCCGCCGCAUCUACGAGUCUCACCAGGGCCGACUUCAUUAGACUCUUGCCAGAGAAGAAUCGGACGGAUUCAGGGGCCAUGGGAUCCACGAUUCCAGGUCGACAUCCCACGACACUCGAUAGACUUCCGUACUGGAUCGUGGUAUUCCGAACACCUUUUCUGGCGGCAACCUACCAAUCCCGUCUACGAUGGUAUCACGAGAAUGCAGUAAAGAACUUGCCAACUCAUCCACUCCAGGCCGCGUUGAUCUGGGGCAGAGGACUGACACCGCCUCCUGGAUACAUUGAUCCAGAAAGUGGCGAGGAUGUCUGGAAGCGCAUGCUCGAAUAUUGCCUAUUACAGCCUAGACAGAGCUUUGGCGUCACUGCACUUCUGCCGUACUUCCCUCCUUCGAUCAUGCAAUCAAUCCAGCGUCACGCCCGGUGGGCGGAGUAUGACCAACUUCGAAGCUGGACAGUUCUUGUUCGGAUAGACGGCGGACAUCUCGGGCAGGCUGCAUUUGCUAGAUUUCUUAAAGAGGAUGGGAUAGCACGGAACAGAGCAUGGGAUAUUAUGUCACCUUAUCCUGCGGGUACAUCUUGGCAUGACCUUCCUAGUCAUGAAACGCCAGCGUCAAUAUCUGAAGAAGGCAGUGUACCACCUGGAAACAUGGGAUUGCAGAUCUUUGGCAUAAAGUUCCGCAGCGAAGGGGAGGCGCUGAGAUUCUGGGCAACAUGGCAUCGGAGGCCAUUCCCCUUUCUGACCGAAGACGCAUCGGCGCCAGGUCAUAGUGCUCCGUUGCUUCAUGUGGAAACUGUAUGGUAA